UUGCAUCUCACGAAACAGGAGCUUACAGUAUCAACGUCGUCGACUACGGUAUCUCUGCCAUUGUCUUCGGCCACUCGCUUUGUCAUCGUUGCAUUCGGGAAGGCGUCGGUCCUAAUGACUUUGGCUGCGGAGAAAUGCUUAGGACCGCGACUACUAGAGGGCAUCGUGAUCGCACCAGUUACACAAAUUGACAAAAAUUGGAAACUACGAUCCCAGAUAUUUUACGGUGCUCAGAACAACUUACCCGAUGAAAACUCCGUUGCUGCCACAAGCAAAGCCCUUCAGUGCAUUCAAAAGAGCGAUGCAGUUGAUGUUGUAUUCCUGUUUCUCAUUUCAGGCGGUGGCUCCGCUCUAUUUUGUUCUCCGAACGGUGUGUCGCUUGAGGAAAAGCUCACAACAAUUCGCACUCUUACAUCUAAUGGUGCUGACAUCUGCGUCCUAAACGCUUUUCGACAAAGACUUUCAGUUGUGAAAGGAGGAAAAACGUUGAACUACAUAAAGAAGGGACAGGUUUUGCUCAUGUCGGACUUGAUCGAUGACCUUAUUCAAUUUAUUGCAAGUGGACCAACUGUUCUACAAACCAACUCAAUGAAGGAAAUGUCCGAGCAGAUAGUCACAUCUUCAAAAUGGACAUCCUUGCUACCCCAAGAUAUUCUAAACAAAUUUCAGAUUUCUUCUCCGCCUUGUUCCGUGGUCACUCCCCACAACAUCGUAAUUGCGUCGAACCGCGAUGCCCUUGCCGAGCUGAAGAACUACUUCACUUCUCAUGGUUAUAAUGCAACUAUUGUUACUAAUUGUCUUAAAGGAGAUGCCACAAGCAUAGGAAGGGAUUUUGCCGAACUCAUUACAACAGGACGGGAGAACUUGCCAGAUAUUUUGGAGAAGUUUGCAUUGCUAUUUGGUGGAGAAACCACUGUUACAAUUCGAGGCGGAGGUUGUGGAGGACGAUGUCAAGAAAUGGCACUAUCUUGUUUCACAUCGCUCUCCUCCUGUUCCACUACUCUACCACCGUUCCUAUUCUUGGCUGUUGGAACUGAUGGACAAGAUGGUCCUACGGAUGCUGCGGGGGCCUUCUUCACUAAUGACGAUCUUAAUAAGGACAUGUCCAAAAAGGGAGAAGCUUUCCUAAAGACCUCAAAUUCCUAUGGUUUCUGGUCUAUGUACAAUGAUGGGACGAACCAUAUUAAACCUGGGCCCACUGGUACUAACGUAAUGGAUAUCCAAAUUGUUUUGCUACAGUUUAGGUAA